AUGGCCGAUUCGAGAAACCUGUCGUCCUCGGUGAGCUCCAGUCACCGGGAGCCGAUCCGUUCCUUCAUCCAUGGCAACGUAAGGGACCAUCUAGCUCCCGUCGACAGCGCCCAGUACGCCCGCAGUGUGCGCGAAGACACGGCAGAGUUGGCCUCGUACCUCUUGUCCGACAAGAAGACGGGCCAGAGCCCAGGUUUUCUCUCCCGUCAACGCUCGCAAUCUUCGGCCCUCGCUCGCGAAGCGGCUACUUCGGAUAAUGAGGAGGAGGAAGAGGAGGACGGCGAGGAGAUUGCGCAUGUCGCGAGCUCCGAGACCAUUCCGGAGGUCUCUGAGCCAUCUUCGCCGGAUGAGAGUGUUGAGGGAAUUCCGGAGGACGGCCCCUCGAUCCUGACGAACCUACUGAAGAAGUCCCCUCCUCAGUCGCAUCGCGACCCGUCACCCGAGCCUCCACCCGAGCCAUUGGAGCCAUCCCACCCUGAACCGAAGCGAACGCCAUCCACGGAGCGAUCGGAAAGAGAGCCACAGAGGUCGACGACAAGAGUCGCUGGCGAGCCCACUGAGCGCACGCCGCUGAUUCCCAGGUUGUCAUCUGACAGUUUCGAGAGCUAUGAUACGAGCGGGACCACCGACGGGAUCGACGUGGAAGGACAAAAGCAGAGGCCUAGGAAGAAGUGGCUACGCGGUCUGAAGGACCUGACCGUGAAUGUGGAGGAACACAUUGUUCAUGGGAUCCAAAUCGCGACGAGUCCCAAAUCUUGGGACCGUCGAGCGCUUUGGCAGAAUGCCGUGGUGGCCCCCGCAUCUUGCUUGCCGGCUGUCGUUGUCGGCUUACUGCUCAAUGUUCUCGAUGCCCUUUCUUACGGCAUGAUUCUGUUCCCUCUUGGCAAGCCCAUCUUUGCCGGUCUGGGCUCGGCAGGCAUAUCUAUUUUCUAUGUUAGCACCAUUGUUUCUCAGUUGACUUUCUCGACUGGCAGUAUUUUCAAGGGAGGUGUUGGUUCUGAACUGAUCGAGGUUGUGCCGUUCUUCCACAACAUGGCUCAAACAAUCACGGACCACAUUGGCGAAGAUCAACCUGAUGCCGUGAUCGCAACGACGAUUGUGUCGUAUGCGAUCAGUUCUAUGAUGACUGGCACGGUAUUCUAUCUCAUGGGCAAGUUCAACUUUGGCUACAUGGUUGGCUUCAUCCCGAGGCACAUAUUGAUUGGCUGCAUUGGCGGUGUCGGCUGGUUCCUGGUUGCUACAGGAUUUGAAGUCUCUGCCCGAAUGGACGGCAGCCUUGAGUACGAUAUGGACACUCUCCAUAAGCUGUUCCAGAGCGACACGAUACCCCUAUGGGUGACACCCCUUCUGCUUGCCGUCGUGCUUUUCUACAGCCAAACUCGGGGCGCAUCCAAGUACUUCCUGCCGCUUUACAUCAUCUCGAUUCCGGUCGUCUUCUACUUCUUUGUAUUCUCUUUGGAUGCGCUCGAACCUGACUCUCUUCGAGAUCAUGGGUGGAUUUUCGAAGGACCACCAGCGGACGAGCCGUGGUGGUACUUCUACACGUUGUACAAAUUUAACCUGGUCGAGUGGGAUGCCGUGCUGGAGUGCAUUCCUGCUAUGCUAGCUCUUACCUUCUUUGGUAUCCUCCACGUUCCCAUCAAUGUUCCCGCCCUGGCUCUGCAGAGCGGGGAGGACAAUGCCGACCUUGACCGUGAGCUCAAACUACACGGCUACUCUAACUUCAUCUCUGGCAUGGCUGGCAGCAUCCAGAACUAUCUUGUAUAUGCCAACACUGUAUUCUUUAUGCGCUCCGGGGGAGACAGCAGGCUCGCUGGUUACAUGCUAGCGGCUUUGACCUUUGGCGUUAUGGUUAUCGGCCCUAAGAUUAUCGGGUUCAUUCCCAUUAUGAUGGUCGGCACUCUCAUUUUCGAUCUUGGUUUCGAGCUCCUCCUCGAAGCCGUGUGGCUACCAAGGAAGAAGCUGAAAUUAGCCGAAUACCUGACGGUAAUCGUAAUCGUUCUAGUAAUGGGCAUCUACGAUUUUGUCAUUGGCAUUGGUGUGGGCAUCAUUCUCGCUUUCGUCUCGCUGAUCUUCCAGACGUCGAGAGUGUCUGCUGUCCGAGCCAGCUACACGGGUGAAAUCGUUGGUUCUACCGUGCGCAGGAACCCCUCGCAACACCACUACCUGCAAGAAGUUCGUCGUCAGAUCUAUAUCGUGAAGCUGACUGGCUUCCUGUUCUUCGGCACGGUUGUGAGUGUCGAAGAGAAGAUCCGCGCUCUGAUCGACGACAGUGCCUUUGCGGAGAGGCCCAUCAAAUAUCUCAUUCUCGAUCUGUACCAUGUUACGGGCCUCGACUACUCCGCAGGUGAAGCCUUUAACACUAUCAGCAGAUUACUGGACAACAAGGGAAUCGUUCUCGUCUUGAGUGGAAAAGACGCGGAGAGCGAGGUUGGCCGUAAUUUGCGGGCCAUGGGACUCGGCAACGACAGCAUCGAAGUUACUUUGCUCCCAGACCUCAACUCGGCUCUGGAGAGCUGUGAGAACGAGCUGCUCAAGACGUUGUACGCUAGGCAGGAGGAGCUUCGAAAGGGUUCUCGCCACGCGCCGACAGCCAACCUCGACGUGCCGGCGAAGCCAGAUCGGGGAACCUUCGAUCUGGUGAUCAACUCACCGAGACGCAACCAUCUUCACGAAGCUGCUAGAAACGCGCUGGCGAACACAGAGUCGUCAGGCUCGAAGAAAUGGCAAAGCUUUAAGGAGCCUUUGCGACUGAUGCUCCAGAUUUUCCAGGGCCUCAGCGAUAAGAACGAGGACUUCUGGUUCAGAGCGGUUGGCUACUUUGUCAGGAAGGAGUACACAGCCGGCACGGUGCUCUUCACAAGAGGCGAGCCUGCCAAGGGUUUCUACCUGGUUGAGAAGGGCAUCCUCCGUGCCGACUACGACUUACCCCAAGGCUCGCUGACGGAGAGCAUUGUCGCAGGUACCACCUGCGGCGAAUUGCCCUUCUUCUCUGAGACAGACCGAACUGCGACGGUGACGGUUGACAGAGAUUGCGUGGCGUGGCGCAUGGAUAAGGAGGGGUGGCAAAAGCUUCAAAAAGACCAGCCGGACGUCGCCCAGGAGCUGUUGAGGGUGUCGCUGAAGCUGACAAGUGAGCGGAUGACUUCCAUCACUUCGUACAUCUUGACCAUGGCCGGUUAG